AUGGACCGAACCGCAGCUUCAGGUUCUGCUAAAGUUCUGAGGUCCAACAUGGACCGAACCACAGCUUCAGGUUCUGCUAAAGUUCUGAGGUCCAACAUGGACCGAACCGCAGCUUCAGGUUCUGCUAAAGUUCUGAGGUCCAACAUGGACCGAACCGCAGCUUCAGGUUCUGCUAAAGUUCUGAGGUCCAACAUGGACCGAACCGCAGCUUCAGGUUCUGCUAAAGUUCUGAGGUCCAACAUGUACCGAACCGCAGCUUCAGGUUCUGCUGAACUUCUGAGGUCCAACAUGGACCGAACCGCAGCUUCAGGUUCUGCUAAAGUUCUGAGGUCCAACAUGGACCGAACCGCAGCUUCAGGUUCUGCUAAAGUUCUGAGGUCCAACAUGGACCGAACCGCAGCUUCAGGUUCUGCUAAAGUUCUGAGGUCCAACAUGGACCGAACCGCAGCUUCAGGUUCUGCUGAACUUCUGAGGUCCAACAUGGACCGAACCGCAGCUUCAGAUUCUGCUGAACUUCUGAGGUCCAACAUGGACCGAACCGCAGCUUCAGGUUCUGCUGAACUUCUGAGGUCCAACAUGGACCGAACCACAGCUUCAGGUUCUGCUAAAGUUCUGAGGUCCAACAUGGACCGAACCACAGCUUCAGGUUCUGCUGAACUUCUGAGGUCCAACAUGGACCGAACCACAGCUUCAGGUUCUGCUAAAGUUCUGAGGUCCAACAUGGACCGAACCACAGCUUCAGGUUCUGCUAAAGUUCUGAGGUCCAACAUGGACCGAACCACAGCUUCAGGUUCUGCUGAACUUCUGAGGUCCAACAUGGACCGAACCACAGCUUCAGGUUCUGCUAAAGUUCUGAGGUCCAACAUGGACCGAACCGCAGCUUCAGGUUCUGCUAAAGUUCUGAGGUCCAACAUGGACCGAACCACAGCUUCAGGUUCUGCUGAACUUCUGAGGUCCAACAUGGACCGAACCACAGCUUCAGGUUUUGCUAAAGUUCUGAGGUCCAACAUGGACCGAACCGCAGCUUCAGGUUCUGCUGAACUUCUGAGGUCCAACAUGGACCGAACCACAGCUUCAGGUUCUGCUGAACUUCUGAGGUCCAACAUGGACCGAACCACAGCUUCAGGUUUUGCUAAAGUUCUGAGGUCCAACAUGGACCGAACCACAGCUUCAGGUUCUGCUGAACUUCUGAGGUCCAACAUGGACCGAACCGCAGCUUCAGGUUCUUCUAAAGUUCUGAGGUCCAACAUGGACCGAACCGCAGCUUCAGGUUCUGCUAAAGUUCUGAGGUCCAACAUGGACCGAACCACAGCUUCAGGUUCUUCUAAAGUUCUGAGGUCCAACAUGGACCGAACCGCAGCUUCAGGUUCUUCUAAAGUUCUGAGGUCCAACAUGGACCGAACCACAGCUUCAGGUUCUGCUAAAGUUCUGAGGUCCAACAUGGACCGAACCGCAGCUUCAGGUUCUGCUGAACUUCUGAGGUCCAACAUGGACCGAACCGCAGCUUCAGGUUCUGCUGAACUUCUGAGGUCCAACAUGGACCGAACCGCAGCUUCAGGUUCUGCUAAAGUUCUGAGGUCCAACAUGGACCGAACCACAGCUUCAGGUUCUUCUAAAGUUCUGAGGUCCAACAUGGACCGAACCACAGCUUCAGGUUCUGCUAAAGUUCUGAGGUCCAACAUGGACCGAACCGCAGCUUCAGGUUCUGCUGAACUUCUGAGGUCCAACAUGGACCGAACCGCAGCUUCAGGUUCUGCUGAACUUCUGAGGUCCAACAUGGACCGAACCGCAGCUUCAGAUUCUGCUGAACUUCUGAGGUCCAACAUGGACCGAACCGCAGCUUCAGAUUCUGCUGAACUUCUGAGGUCCAACAUGGACCGAACCGCAGCUUCAGAUUCUGCUGAACUUCUGAGGUCCAACAUGGACCGAACCGCAGCUUCAGGUUCUGCUGAACUUCUGAGGUCCAACAUGGACCGAACCGCAGCUUCAGAUUCUGCUGAACUUCUGAGGUCCAACAUGGACCGAACCACAGCUUCAGGUUCUGCUGAACUUCUGAAGUCCAACAUGGACCGAACCACAGCUUCAGGUUCUGCAGGGUUCUGA